UCGUUCCCUCGACUAUCCUCCCACCGUCUCCCGUCAUGUCUUCGAAAUCACCAUUGCCUACGGUCAACACCCCCGCGGAGCCCGCGAAAGCGGCGUUGCACCCGGCCUUCUACAUCGCAACGUGGAUUGCGCUCAGCUCGGGUGUCAUUAUCUUCAACAAGUGGAUUUUGCACACUGCUGGAUUCAGUUUCGCCUUGUUUCUGACGACAUGGCACUUGGUCUUCGCUACCAUUAUGACCCGCCUGAUGGCGCGGUUCACGACCUUGCUCGACUCACGUCAUAACGUGCCCAUGACCUCGCGCGUUUACAUGCGCGCUAUCGUGCCCAUCGGCGCUUUCUUCUCGUUGAGUCUGAUCUGCGGCAACCUGGCCUACCUGUACCUCAGUGUUUCCUUCAUUCAGAUGCUCAAGGCCACUAACUCCGUUGCGACUCUCCUCGCGACCUGGGCUAUGGGCAUUGCGCCUGUGCGUCUGAGCUUGCUCGGAAACAUCUCUUUCAUCGUCAUCGGUGUUAUCAUCGCCUCGAUCGGCGAGAUCAAGUUCACCAUGAUUGGCUUCAUCUGCCAAUUCUUCGCCACCAUCUUCGAAUCUGUUCGCUUGGUCAUGGUUCAGCGCCUUCUCAGCUCCGCCGAAUUCAAGAUGGACCCCUUGGUUUCGCUCUACUACUUCGCGCCCGCUUGCGCGAUCAUGAACGGUGUCAUCACUGCGGUCGUGGAACUGCCGACCAUGCACAUGUCCGACAUCUAUAACCUUGGAGUUGGCACUCUUUUCUUGAAUGCCGCUGUUGCUUUUGGACUUAAUGUUGCUGUCGUUUUCCUGAUCGGCAAAACUUCUGCUCUCGUCCUCACUCUCUCCGGCGUUCUCAAGGAUAUCCUGCUCGUCGUGGCAUCGAUGGUCAUCUUCCGCGAUCCCGUCACGCCCCUCCAGUUCUUCGGCUACGCGAUCGCUCUGGGUGGACUCAUCUAUUACAAGCUCGGAAAGGACGGCGUUAUUUCGUUGUUGGCCCAGAUUCGCUACAACGUUGUUGGAGGAGCUCGCCCGUAGGUCAACAGAGUUUGACGUUGACGACGGUGCCGACGGUGCCGACAGUGCUGGAAUAUGCCACUGCGCCGUUGGGAGAGCUCGUGAAGGACUGGGAAGAGAAGAGGAUCAUACCCCACAGGGACCGAUCACCAAGAUAGAAAUAAUCGUGUAUAGACGUGCAGACCGGGUGAUGUACAUAAUGGUGUAAUGAUACGAUAGAACGAUGCCAAUCCAACAAUC